GCGAGAGGGGGGACCGCCGAGCAUCUCGGAGGAGCUGCGACCGGCCAGGGGGAGGCGGAGGACGGGGUCACGAGAGAGAGAGAGAGGUAGGAAGGGAGGAAGGAAGGAAGGAAGGGACGAAGGAAGGAAGGAGGAGGAGGAGGAGGAGGAGGAGGACGACAACGGAGGAAGGAGAAGAAGAAGGGGAAAAAAAACGGAGGCCCUCCCCGGACCAGGGGGGGAGAUCGGGAGAGAAGAAGGCCCGUUUCAUGUUAUUCCCCCCCCCCCCCCCCCCCCGCCACAUUUGAUUUCCUUUUCAUCCUUUGGAGUUCUUCACCUGCUGACACCCGCCAUGCCGUCCAACGCCGUCGUGGCCGCGUUCAAAGGCGCCGACUCGACGGGAAGCAGAAUGGGCGACGACGCGGCGACGACGACGGCGGACGCGGAGUCCGCGUCGGACGAGGCUAGCGACGUCAGCGUCCCCGGCAAGCCGGCGCGCAAACGCAAACACGCGACGACGGAAAGCGGCGGCCCCUUCCAAGACGGCGUCCGCGGCCCCCCCCUCCACAACGGCGACGGCCGCUUCCCCGAGCCGCAGGGGGGGGACGCCGAGAACGGGACCCUCGGGGAGCGCUCGUCUUCUUCCUCCUUCUCCUCCUCUUCCUCCUCCUGCCGGCCGGAGGACGGCGUCCGGGGUUCGAGUCCGGCCGAGAGGGACGGCCGGGAGGCGCCGCCGCCCCACCAGAAGCGAGGCAGGCGGAAACUGGAACGGCCCACCAAAUAUGUGGAGCACACAGAGGAAGACGACUGCGAAGCGGUCAAGAACGAGGGCGAUCGCGGGAGGCUGCGAGGGGGACUCGGCGGGGAGAUCAGCCUCCGUCAGAGACCCGUGCCCAGAAUAACCUUCCAGGCCGGAGACCCUUAUUACAUUAGCAAGCGGACCCGAGAGGAGUGGUUGGCCAAGUGGAAGAUGGAGGCGGAGAAAAAGGCCAAACUGAUGUCAGCCAUGAACGCAAUAACCGAUCCGAACCCUGGCAAGGAACCCGAGAGACCAGAACCCGAGAUUUCGUCGGGUCAGCGUCUGCCGGCUUGCAAAGCGCCUCCGGCUCCGCCUCCGCAGCAGCGCCAGGCUCGGUCGCAGCAACAUCAGCCUCCGCCGCCUCCCUGUCCGCCUCAGCGUCCGCCGCCAUCGCAGUCUCCGUCUUUGCCGCAGCAGCAGCCCACCGACCCGGCCUCGCCCACGGUGGCCACCACCCCGGAGCCCGUCGCCAUCGCGGGCGGGGAAAAGACCUCCCCCAAGGCCGCAGACGCAGAACCCGAGUAUGAGGACGGUCGCGGUUUUGGCAUCGGCGACCUGGUCUGGGGGAAGCUGCGAGGCUUCUCGUGGUGGCCGGGACGCAUCGUGUCCUGGUGGAUGACGGGACGGAGCCGAGCCGCCGAGGGGACCAGAUGGGUCAUGUGGUUCGGGGACGGCAAAUUCUCAGUGGUUUGUGUUGAGAAACUGCUGCCCAUAAGUUGCUUUAACAAUGCCUUUCACCAACCAACCUAUAAUAAGCAGCCCAUGUACAAAAAAGCAAUCUACGAAGUGCUCCAGGUGGCCAGCAGCCGGGCAGGCAAAACCUUUCCGCUCCGUCCAGACAGCGACCCCACUGAAACCUCCAAAUCUGUGGACCUCAUCAACAAGGAGAUCAUCCAGUGGGCUAUGGCCGGCUUUCAGCCUACUGGACCCAAAGGCCUGGAGCCACCGGAGGAGGAGCGCAACCCAUACAAGGAGGUCUACCCGGAAAUGUGGGUGGAGCCGGAAGCCGCCGCCUAUACGCCGCCGCCGCCGCCCCCCCCCCCAGCCAAGAAGCCUCGAAAGAGCAACCAAGAGAAACCCAGGCUCAAGGACGUCAUCGACGAAGGAACGCGAGAGCAACUUAUCCACGAAGUCAGACAAAAGUGCCGAAGCAUCGAGGACAUCUGCAUCUCCUGCGGAAGCCUCAACGUUAGCCUGGAGCAUCCGCUUUUCGCAGGAGGAAUGUGCCAGGGCUGCAAGAACUGCUUCCUGGAGUGCGCCUACCAGUACGACGACGACGGCUACCAGUCGUACUGCACCAUCUGCUGCGGCGGGCGGGAGGUCCUCAUGUGCGGGAACAACAACUGCUGCCGGUGCUUUUGCGUGGAGUGCGUGGACCUCCUGGUGGGCCAGGGCGCCGCCCACGCCGCCAUCAAGGAGGACCCGUGGAACUGCUUCAUGUGCGGCGGGCCCAAAGGGGCCUACGGCCUCCUGGAACGUCGCCCCGACUGGACCUGCCGCCUGCAGCAUUUCUUCGCUAACAACCACGAUCAGGAUUUUCAACCGGCAAAACUUUACCCGCCGAUCGGGGUGGAGAAGAGGAAGCCGAUCCGAGUCCUGUCGCUGUUUGACGGCAUCGCAACGGGGCUGCUGGUCUUGCGCGAGCUGGGCAUCCAGGUGGAGCGCUACGUGGCCUCGGAGGUGUGCGAGGACUCCAUCACGGUGGGUCUGGUCCGCCAUCAGGGCCGCAUCAUGUACGUGGGCGACGUCAGGAGCGUCACGCGCAAACACAUCCAGGAUUGGGGUCCUUUCGAUCUGGUCAUAGGCGGCAGUCCGUGCAACGACCUCUCCAUCGUCAACCCUGCGAGGAAAGGCCUUUACGAGGGCACGGGCCGCCUGUUCUUCGAGUUCUACAGGCUGCUGCACGAGGCCCGGCCCAAGACGGGCGAGGAGCGACCUUUCUUCUGGCUCUUUGAGAACGUGGUGGCCAUGGGGGUCAGCGACAAGAGGGACAUAUCUCGCUUUCUGGAGUGCAACCCGGUGAUGAUCGACGCCAAGGAGGUGUCGGCCGCCCACCGCGCCCGCUACUUCUGGGGUAACCUUCCUGGCAUGAACAGGUCGGUGGGUGAAUGGCCUCUGACGGCCAUGUGCAACGACAAGUUGGACCUGCAGGACUGCUUGGAACACGGCAGAACCGCCAAGUUCGACAAGGUGAGGACCAUCACCACCAGGUCCAACUCCAUCAAGCAGGGCAAGGACCAGCACUUCCCCGUCUUCAUGAACGAGAAGGAGGACAUCUUGUGGUGCACCGAGAUGGAGAGGAUUUUCGGCUUCCCGGUCCACUACACGGACGUGUCCAACAUGAGCCGACUGGCCCGGCAGCGUCUCCUGGGACGAUCGUGGAGCGUCCCCGUCAUCCGCCACCUGUUUGCACCGCUCAAAGAUUACUUCGCCUGCGUUUGAGCCCCCUCCCGACCCCUUUUUGCGGCGUCACAGCCUUGAGCCUUCAGAGCGAGCGAUCUGCUCGGAAAACGCGGAGGUGCAGACUUCACGUGCUCUAUUUGUUCUUCUUAUUUAAUGUUUUUUUUUUUUUUUUACAGCGUUCUUGUCACCUCGAUUUUGUUCCGGUGCGACUUAUACUUGAGACUAUGCGGGCGGGGGCGAGCGUACUGUACGUUUUUUUUUUUUCCGCCGUGCUUCCGGCGUAAAGGGAGCUCAGAGGAUCCCAAAAAAAAAAAACAAAAAAAAAAACCCAAGAUCACAUAUACCUCUUUGUUUACAGCUUCUGAAGGUAAUAAAAUGGAAAAAAAAAAGCUACUACUACUGUAACACGGCCGCAGCGCCACGGUGCUCCGCAGUGACGGGAAACGUCGUCCACUGUGCGUUUUUUUUUUUUUUGUUUUCUACAAGUUGUUACUGGUGCUGACUCUGUUCACGACUCGCCUUCCCCGAGUGCACAAACGGAGCUAAAGACGACGUUUCCCGUCAUUGGAAAUUGAAAAAACAAAACAAAACAAACAAACGUCGAGUUCCAUUCCGACCGACGACUUUUACUGUACAGUCAGCGCGAAGUGCGACGAGAACAACAACAACAAAAAAAAACCUCAAUAAGAUGGUGCGGCUUGACAAAAAGUCCUUCUACCUUUUUAUAGCAAUUUUUUGCGUGCUGUUGUUAUCAACGAUAUGAAAGCACUUUUAUACAGUAACUUUUAGGUCUUUUUUUUUUCCAUUUGAUUUUUUUUUUUUUUUUUAAAUCGACGACGUGUUUUACGAUGAUGUGAACUAUCCUGGCGCAAUACUUUUUUGUACACAGUAGGGCUGUGCCAAUAGUAUGGGGGGGUGGAUUAUUAAUUUUUAAUGUUUUUUUAAUUGUAGGACUCGUACAGUCAGCCCCGCCUCCUACUUUGUGUUCUGUUGUAAAACGGCAAACAAUAUAUACGCCGAGUGUAAUGCCGCCCAGGUUUCGCUACGAUUGUAACACGCGUUUGUAUAAAACAGCCUUUCUCAACCCCCCCCCCCAAAAAAAAAAUGUAAACAAAUAUGAAUCCCAGUAGAUGUCAUAGUUAAGAUACGAAUGUUAUGGAUAUUCAAUAUUUUGUGAAAGAGGAGGAAAAACCAUGUAAAUGUGUAACAAAUAUAUCGGACGCCCCCCACUUGCCAGAAAAUAUUUUUGAAUGCUUGCGUGGAGCAUUAACGUGGACCCAGUCAAUUACCCGCAGUUGAACUUUGGUUCAGCCCAAAGCCCGGAAACCAAAAUACAAAAAAAAAAAAAAAAAAAUCUGAACAAAAGCCCCUUUUGCACAGAGCCAUGAGGAGUUUAUGUUUAUAGGAUUUUGGAGGGGGGGGGGGGGGGAUGUAAAUGACUUAUUAUUCUAUCAGCUGCGUUACCGUGGGAGGGGGACGGGGGGGGGGGGGGGGGGAUUGCGGUCUGGCUUCUUGGGAAUCCUCCUGACGAAAUCAUCCCGGUCGUCGGCCACCUCGGUCCCGUAAAAGCAAACGAAAAUGUCAACGAAGCCCGUGCGGAUGUCAUCGUUAUUUGUCACACGGGGGGGUCGCGCGCACCUCCUUGCUUGAGGAAUAUUGAAAAAAAAAAAAAAUAAAAUAAUGUUCCAAAUGACGGCAUUUAGUUCGUAUCAACGCCGACAAAGUUUACCGGCUAAAUAAUCAAACUGGUGGUCCGGGGGGCCAGAUCCGGCCCGCCGCAUCAUUUUGUGUGGCCCAACGAGAACGUGCGUCGACUUUGCGUUUCUUGCUAAAACCGAAAAAAUUCCAAAUUGUCUUCUCUUUUAAAAAAACACUGAGAUAUCGCAAGCUUUUUUUUUCUACCAUUUGAAAUAAAAUUGAUGCAGAAUGUAUUUGAACGAUUUUGAUUUGUAAAGUAAUGAAUAUAAGAAUUCAUAUGAGGCAGUCAAACGUUCGUGUGGGUUAUCAGUCAUAACGGCCCUCCGGGUGGAACCAGAGUGACGAUGGGGCCCGUGACAAAAAUCACUUUGACACCCCAAAAACAGCCCAUUUAACGUCAAAUUUACGUCCGACGACAUAACCUCAAUUCAAAGCAUUUUGGUGUUUGUUUUUAAGCUAAAAUUUACUGUGAAUAUUCAAUAUUUUCAUUUUGGGGGGCGGGAUGUGUCAGACCAAUAUCGCGUUUUUAAUCUCACUCCGUAACAAUUUGGGGAAGGGAAUCCUUGCUAUGAAAAUAUUUGAAAUCGCAACGUUUGAGAAAAGCCGAGAGAUGCCUUCAGAGUGGGCCCUCGAGUCUGGAACCGGAACCGGAACCGUCCCCUCGCUUGCCCUGCAGAAAAUUCAAAUUCUGCACAGGGCCACGUGGAUUUUACUUUUACUUUUGGCGACUCCGUCAAUUUGGAAUUAUUAAACAGGAUUUUCACGACCCAAACCUGCGGUAAAUUAACAACAUCAUUAGUUGGCAAUUAAUCGUAAAUCGCAAACAUGGAGGAUUCGGAACCCAAAAACUAACAAAGCUUUGAAAGGAUGAUAAAAACGGGUGUGGCGCACCCCAGGGAGGGGUGAAGCGACCACUGCCAAAGACGAAACUCACUCGGAUCGGGCUACUCCCUGGAGCGGUCACCGGCUAAUCGCAGGUUACAUGUAAACUAACUAUAAACAAUUUAGUCUUCGGUUAACCUCACGCUCUCGUUUACAAAUGUGGGAUGAAGUCGAAUACGCUCACGCGACACGUAGACUCCGUGCCCGAAGGUCGGAGGCGGAUUUCGAACCCAGAACCUCGGAACCGCGAGCCGAACGCGCUACCCCCGUCAGACGGAAUUGUCUCCAUUGUAGCUUCGCUAAUCACGGAGGAUUUUGGCGUCGACGAAAAUCUGACAAAAGUAUUAACAAGACAAGAAUAAGAGGUUUUGCAUAUCUAUGUCAAAUCUUUGAACUCAAUCUUUUGAUGUAAUUAAGUUCUUAAGUGACCUUAUCGCCAUCCGUUUCCUCCCCUUCCGCAACACUUCCGUCGUCUUGUGUUUGUACAUUUUUGUACAGAAACGUCGCCGUUGUGUUUUUCUUUUUCUUUUUUUUUUUUUUGGCCCUGCUUUUUAAUGGAAAUGUACAAAAUGUAAUUCUUGGCUAAUAUAUAAUCAAAUGAGUGUUUCUGUUUUGUUUGAAGAAAGAAGAAAAUAAUAAUCACGUGACAAAAAUUUUGAUUGCGAUCUCGAUGUGGUUUAGUUCAGUGUUUCCAGAGCGGAUAUUUUACUGUCACGUUAAAAAAGAAAAUGUAGUGGGGGGGAAAAAAUGGUCAUAAUUGACAUUAUACGAAACGUUGGCCGUUUUAGCCAAAGUCCAAGUUGUUAUUCUGUUGUACGAACGAACGGCGACAGGUCGGUGGGAGCUUCCGUUUCAACGAAAGAUGGAAAAGCAUUUUCAUUUGCAGACCAAAUUAUGUGAUGAAUUAUGAUCAUUUUUCGUCAUUUGGCUUUUAGUCGACUGCGCAAUCCCGGCGGGACGUUUUUCCUUUUUUUCUCGCCGGCGUCGCCGCGCAGCCCCACAAACGCGGCGACUUUUUAAGACUUUUUAACCGAGGAACGCAUUUUACACCAUCUAGAAAUUUUUUUUUUUUUUUUUUUUUUUGGUUUCAAUUCCUCGUAAGCUAUUAUUUGAUAUAAGUAUAUUAACUGAAGGCAUUCUAACUUUGUACUUGACGGGACGGAAAACACACAGAAAAGAAAAAAAAACACGUUUUCCUUGCGUUGUUUUAGACUUUAGAGGAUUGCUGUAGUCGGUGCUUUAUCUGUGGGACGAUCGUGAGGAAGAAGUAAAAAAAAAAAAAACUGUAGCGUGAUGUAUCAGUACGCUUGUUUAUGAUUAUUUUUUGGUUUGUUUUUGGGGGCUGUAGCCCCCCCCCCCACUCGGUGAAGUUCUCCAUGUCUGUUUUUGAACUGUUUGAUUGACAUCACUGGUCAAGGCGAGUCGCUGGAACACUUUGGGCGACUUCCUUUCUAUUUACUGUCACUGUUGUUUAUAGCCCAUGUGCUUAUCAUUUAAACCCCCCCCCCCCCCAUGUCCCCCCCCCCUUUGGAAUUCAGUUCAGACAGCAAAUGUAGCACUCAACCUUUCACACACACACACACAGUUAUGUUUAGUGUCCAGAGAUAAGAUAAAGACUUCAUAUGUAAUUGUGCUGGAGAACACUUGAAUA